AUGUCUCGGUAUGAUGACUACCGCUCGUCAACAGGGACCCUGGACUCUCGCGAUCGAUACGAUCGAUACUCACGGGGUCCCCCAGUGGCCGAACGACCCCGCCAUGCUGAAGAGCGCUUUGAAGCACGCCUCCGUGAGGAAGACCGAUAUGGACCCCCUGCGCGCGCACCCGGAAGACUUUAUGAGGAUGACCAUCUAGACCACUCAUCCCCUGCCAACUCUCUUGUGGCGCAUGAUCGAAGUCGACGCCGUGAUGACAGUCCCUCAUUCAGACGUCCCCAACUACUUAGGCGGCAGUCGUCCUUGGACACUUUCGACCGCAUACCCCGGCGCAAGAUGGAACACCUUGAUCCCCGAGAUCGCGCACCGCGCGCUCCCCGUAUACCUGUCGUUGCUCCGCCUCGUCCACGGUUCUCUCCGGGCCGUUAUCGUGAGCGAGAGGUCUACGAGGAUAUUAGGAUCGCCGAGCCCGACUACUACGGUGACGAAGAGUUUAGAGAUAUUCGUGAUCGAGAUAUGGUUGAUCGUCGCCGCCGCUCGAGCAGUACUGUUCGCAGAGAAAAGCCUUACCCGCGCAAAGGGAAGACCCGUGUUCCUCGUCAUCUUGCUCAUAUUCACGCCAUUAUGGAUCUAGGGUACCCGUUCAAGGAAGAGGGGGAUGUGAUUGUCAUCCAAAAGGCAUUGUCUAAGGAGCAGAUCGACGAAGUGCUUAGCUUGAGCCGCGAGUUCAGGCGGCCUGACCCCGUGGAAACCGAAUACAUUGGCUUGUCCCCGUCUCCUCCCCCCAGGGAACGGCGGCCACGCGAGCAGGUGACAGAAUACCUACGUGUCGAGGCUUCUCCCCGCACCAGCCAGGCAUUCAUCGUGGAAGCAUCACCGGCCCGACACAGGUCACAGUCGCGCCACCAUGUGGACCAGUACGAGGAGAUUGUAGAGAGGCCGCGAGUGCGGGGAGUCUCCCGGCGACGAGCUGUGUCAGUCCAUGAUCAUGCCCCUCGUGUAUCUCCCGUACAGUAUAUCGAGGAGCGAGAAUCUACUGCUGUUCGGGCGGGUCCGAUGGUUGUCGUUCGUCCGCGGGAGAGCGAUCACGACGUGAGCGACUACAUUCGCGAACUGGAAGAGGAGACAAGACUUCUUCGUCUGGAGAGGCAAGGUGGAAUUGAGAUCACUCGGCAACGCGAAACAGAUAUCAUUGACGAUAGAGGCAAUCAGGAGGAGAUUGUCGAGACUAGGACGCAGGAGCGCACAGAACCUAACUCUCGCAUCAUGCGUGCUAUGUUGGCAACUCUGACCUAA